UGAGAAGGGCCCCAAUACUUGUGGUUCAAUUUUUUCAAACUGAAAUUAGAGCUCAAUGGUCGUAUGUUAAGGUGCGGCAAGGGUGCACACAUGCCACAUCGUUAAAGAGCGUUUUCAACGCCUUCCGAUACAAGAGCAAAUAGACAGUAGGAUUUAUAUUCACACCAAGCAGUGCCAAUGGCGGGAGACUAUGGAGCUAGGGAGGACAGUCCAGAAUGCAAGGUGACGAUUCCUCCAAAGCGUGCAAUUCUGGAUGAUGCUAUGUCUAUACUGCCAGUGACAGCUGUGCGUGAUCCUUUCAAGGACUUCAGGGGCAAGCGGCGGAGAGAGCAGAUCAAACUUCUCAUCUAUAGCAUAUUCCCGAUCGUGGAGUGGAUUCAGCAGUAUUCCUGGAAGUUGUUUCGAGAUGAUAUCAUUGCUGGUCUUACCAUUGCUAGUCUUGCUGUCCCUCAGGACAUUGCUUAUGCAAAGUUGGCCCACCUGCCCGCAGAAAAUGGCCUCUACUCCAGCCUUCUGCCUCCAUAUGUGUACUCAGUGUUCGGAAGCUCUCGGCAAUUGGCAAUUGGACCAGUGGCCGUUGUGUCGCUGCUGCUGGGUGAACUUCUAAAUAAAGAGUUUAAGCCUUACUUGGACAGAAAGGGAAUUGCUACUGACAAAGCGUCGGAUAAGCUGGGGAGUUUUGAUCCGAACCCUCAGUAUGUCUAUUUUGCAUUCCUGGUAACAUUCUUAACCGGAUUGAUACAGCUCGGCCUCGGCCUCUUCAGAUUGGGCUUCAUUAUUGAGUACAUGAGCCAUUCUGUUGUUGUCGGAUUCAUGGCCGGAGCUGCAGUGACGAUUGCCGGGUCGCAGCUGAAGGGACUACUUGGUUAUACAACAUACACACCUAAGUCAAACAUUCAGAGCAUUAUAAACAGUAUUCAUGAACAUACUGAGCAGUUCAAAUGGCAAACAUUUACAUUGGGAAUGGUGUUCCUCACCUAUUUGUUGAUCGCCAAGGUCCUGUUCAAAUGGCAAACAUUUACAUUGGGAAUGGUGUUCCUCACCUAUUUGUUGAUCGCCAAGGUCCUGGCCAAGAAAAACAAAAAAUUCUUUUAUUUUGCUGCCACGGGGCCAUUGGUGUCUGUUGUGCUUUCAGCGGCAUUUAUCAAGGUCGCUGGGAUAAAGCGUCUGCAUGUGAAAACGGUCGGAAGGUUGCCUAAGGGCCUGCCUUCAUCAUCAUUUGAACACUUUGACUGGGAUCAGACUAGCAGAGCAUUGAAAGUCGCAGCGAUCACCGCUUUUGUUGCAUUAACAGAAGCUGUGGCGAUUGGAAGAACAUUUGCUAUCAAGAACAACUACCACAUCGAUGGCUCAAGAGAGAUGACAGCUUGUGGCUUGAUGAACAUUGGGAGUUCUCUGACCUCCGGAUAUGUCACAACAGGUUCCUUCUCUCGGUCAGCUGUCAAUCAAACAGCAGGAGCAAAGACAACUGUGUCUAAUAUCGUUAUGGCCACCGUUAUCUUGUUCACACUUAUCUUUAUCACGCCGUUGUUUGUUAACAUUCCUCAG